AUGCUGAAGAAGCAGGAUGCCCUGAUACAAUACAAGAGAUUGCAGUACGUCCGGUCUGGCAAGGUGCUCAGUCCGGAGGAGGAUGCUAGACUCGUGGACGAAGUCAAGAAAAGUACACAAGUUACCAUGCCAAAGGUCGAUAUCGGUAUGGUGAAAGCGAUGGAUUCGGACAAACUGACGCCAAAACAGCUAGAACACCUUAAAAACAUGGCCACCUUCGUUAAAAGCCAGAGAGAAUACGUCGAGCUACUCGAAAGAUAUAACCCGGGAAUCAGCAUGAAGCAGACGGAUAAGGUGCGCAAGACGGCCAGAAGAGUCGGAUUGGAAGUUCCCGAGUGA